AUGAUGUUGCCCCAACUCUAUAGCAGGACGAGAUCCCCGACAUAGGCUGGGUCUGAGUUUCAGUGUUGGCAUCGGUUUUGGGAGGGAACCCCGCCGCGGGGCAUUUCUCAAAAUGUCGAUUGAAAGUUGCGACCAGCAUUUUUCCAGGCUCGUCGUCUACCAGCAACAUCACCACAAACAUGCUGUACCUUGUCGGGCUAGGUCUCUCUGACGAGACAGACAUCACAGUCAAGGGGCUGGAGGUGGUCAAGAAGGCCGCGAGGGUUUAUCUCGAAGCCUACACGAGCAUCCUUCUGGUCGACCAAGCCAAGUUGGAGGAAUACUAUGGGCGCUCGAUAACGAUUGCCGACCGCGAGAUGGUCGAGUCCAACAGCGACGAGAUCUUGCGCGAUGCAGCUACCGAGGACGUCGCAUUCUGCGUCGUUGGCGAUCCCUUUGGAGCUACCACACACACCGAUCUCGUCAUCCGCGCGCGCGAACUCGGCAUCCCCGUCGGCACCGUCCCCAACGCAUCGAUCAUGUCGGGCAUCGGCGCCUGCGGCCUCCAGCUGUACAAUUUCGGCCAGACCGUCUCCAUGGUCUUCUUCACAGACACCUGGAAGCCAUCCUCGUUCUACGACCGGAUAAAGGAGAAUCGGACCAUUGGCCUGCACACGCUGGUCCUGGUGGACAUCAAGGUGAAGGAGCAGAGCCUAGAGAACAUGGCCCGGGGCCGGCUGAUCUACGAGCCGCCCAGGUACAUGACGGUCGGCCAGUGUGCGCAGCAGAUGCUCGAGAUUGAAGAGGAGCGCAAGGAGGGCGUCUACAGCAAGGACAGCCUCGCCAUUGGGGCGGCGCGUGUAGGUGGGAAGACGGAGAAGUUCGUGGCCGGAACGUUGGAGGAGCUCUGUGCGCAGGACGAGGCGUUGGGACCCCCGUUGCAUAGCCUGGUUCUUCUCGGACGGAGAACGCACGAGCUCGAGCAUGACUUUGUGCGGGAGUUUGCCGUCGACAAGGAGAAGUGGACCUCUCUGUGGAAGGCUGAGUAUGACAGACAAUGAUAUCUUGUUUGGGGUUGGGCGCCAACGCCGAAGUUCAAAUGCCGGUCGCCCUUUGCCAAUACGUGCUUGGACGGAACUUUAUGGUCGAAUGAGGAGACGCCUGUACUGGCACACAUGCCUAUGCUGGCGGUUAAUAGGCAGCAGCUUCAUGUGUGAAUGCAGCGCGCGGACAUGAUGCCUUAAAGAUAGCUGGAGCCGGCUAGGCACGAAUGCGACACUUUG